AUGGAUGAGGACUCGUUCCUUUCAAUCUUCGAUUCGAUCAUAUCCUAUGAUCAAUAUACGCAAGACUUCUUCUCGGCUCACUUGGACGUCGAAAAACCGGACUCAGAGAUCAAAUGUGAGAUUGCCGAGUAUGACUGCAUCAAAAAUACCGAGGGACAGUUAGUUACUGUUCGUAGCGGCUCGAAGCUAGAUGUGCUACGCGUGGAUGAUGAACACGCCAUCGCUCGCACUACACAUUGGGAUACCCAUGGGACGAAAGAUUUUGUCGCAACAACCAUCCAAUCGCCCUACAUGAAGCAGGCUCUCAGAGCUGUAGUUCCGCAAUACAAAAAUCGCAACGUGGCCUUCCACAUCACAUACAAUGGUGUACCGAGAUUCUUGUUUCAUUUUCGUGACAAACUAUUCCGCUAUGGCAAGGAUCUCGAGAAGGGAUCUAUUGCUCAACGUCAUGUGUCGCUCCUUGUCGAGCAUAUACAAAAAGAACUCUCCGACGCCAUUCUUGCUUACACCAGCCAUGUUAAGCUCUCAUCUUCACCUUCAAUAGACUUUGUUCAUCUAUGGACACUCUUCAAGCCCGAUGACCUGGUGUAUAUCUCUGCAUUGUUAUCGCCGGACUUGAUCGAGUUGGUCGUGAAAUAUAAGUCGAUGUAUCAGUCUUGUUCAUGCGACGACGCUUCGCAUUACUUCAACCAUACAUGGCAGUUCCUCGGCGAUGUCAUGGACAGCAACGGCACGUUCUUAGGAACGUGCGCAAUUCCAGUGACCAUCCGAUAUUUCGAGGGUUUUCGGGAGAUGAGUAAACUCUCAUUGCUGCCGCUCCGUCUCCACCCACUCAAAGACGAUAUUAUCACACGAAUGACCGCUCGGGGACGAAAAUUCACGGAGUUACAAGGAUGUCAUUAUCGGCACUACACUGGCAUGGCCCGGCUGCUAUGGGGAAGCAGACAUUCCAAGCUGUUCGAGGUUGGCCCGAGCAAUUCCGAGAUAUUAACCAUGGUAAACGGCGGCAUCAUGAUAGAUCCUGCUACUUAUAGGGAAACUCACCCUGAAAUCUUGGAUAACAUGCUCUCUUUGACUUCCACACUCAAUCAGGAGCAGCUCAUGAUGUGUCGCGGUCGCAUUCCCGCAUUUUCAUUCAGUGAAAGAAAAUGGGGACUUUUUGAAGUGACUAGAGUAGGUCCCAUGCAAUUAGAUGGUUCGAUAUUCCACACGUCAUUGAUGUUGGACAAGACAUACAAAGACAUGCUCUUGUCGCUCGUCCAAAUGCAAUCACCCAAAUCUGGAGAAGCGUUUGGCGAUAUCAUCAAAGGCAAAUCUCAGGGUGUUGUAUUUCUACUGCACGGUGAGCCAGGGGUGGGGAAGACUCUAACUGCAGAGACUAUAGCAGACUCUUGCGGACGGCCUCUUUUAAGAAUUAAUGCCGACAAUUUGAUCAACUCAAAAGAAUCGGUAGAAAAUGCUUUGGCGAGAGCCUUGAAUCUAUCCGAGAGAUGGAAAGCCGUGGCUCUGAUAGACGAGGCCGAUAUAUUCCUUGAACAACGAAGUCGAUAUUGCAACACAAGAAACUCAUUCGUCACCGGUUUGUUGUCCAUAUAUUCCUAUUUGAUAGAUAUAUGCCUAACCCGUAUCAAAGCAUUCCUUCGGAUUCUCGAGUAUUAUCGAGGUAUUCUGUUCUUGACCACUAAUCGCGUCAAUUCGUUUGAUCGGGCGUUGAAAUCGCGAAUUCAAGUCGCCAUCCAUUAUCCAGCUCUCGACGCCAAGAGUCGAAAGGAGCUUUGGCAAAUAUUCCUCUCCAAGGCAUCUGCCACAGGUCAGCCAAAAGACAUCUGGGCGGACAUUGCAGAGAAGUUCGCCUCGGAAGUACUCAACGGGCGCCAGAUAAGGGAUUCUGUUCGAAUCGCCCAGGCGUCGGCGCUAGGGGAGGGCACCGAAAUUGAAACACGCCAUCUAAACAAUGCUCUCCAGUUAUUACGAAAGUUUGAGGAUGAAUUUGAGAAGGGGCGGUUAGAGGAAGAUCGGCCACGAAAACGGCCUCGACGGGCAAGAUAUCGUGACGAGGAUGAGUACGGAGAUGAAGAUGAAGAUGAAGAUGAAGAUGAAGAAUACUAG